CCCAGGGGUAUUCCAAUCCCAGACAAACCCAAGUCUUCCUCGAUCCAUUCACCCUCUCCCUUUUAUUAUUUUUCUAUUAAUUACACCAAUUACCAAUUACACCUAGGACAAUAAAUAUGAAGAUUCUUCUGGCAUUUUUCGGUCUGAUGAUGACGGCUCAGGCACAACUCAAAUAUCCUCAAUACAACAAUCCUGAUUACUACGGCCGGCGGAUUGCAAUUAUACGACAAAGUCACGAUCAGGAUUUUGGAGGAGCAUACGCCUAUAGUUACGACACGGAGAAUGGGAUAUCGGUAGCAGAACAAGGACAACCAAAGAGUCUAGGAGGUGCUGGACAAGCGGAAGUUGUUCGAGGACAGUACAGCUACACAGCACCGGAUGGUACCCCAAUCUUGGUAACAUAUCAAGCCGAUGAAAAUGGUUUUCAAGCGACUGGCGCCCACUUACCAACACCACCACCAAUUCCACCUGCAAUUGAAAGGUCCUUGGCAUAUAAUGCUGCCCACCCUGAAGAGGAGGAACCGUACAAUAGGAGAUACUACGGCCAAGGAAAGUAAUUGACGAAGAAAAGUCAUGGGAAUGAAUGAAUACUGGAAAAAAAAAAAGAAUAAAUAAAUGGGGAAUAAACUAUGCAGCAGGACCUGCCAAGCGUCGCUCUUGCAAUAUCUGCUUCCGUGGAGAGAGAAAUGAUGGAUUGGCGGAUGAGAAUAUUGUUGUAUUGACCGAAGCAAUUACGAGCCAUUCAUUAUUUGCUUAUUUGUUUAUAUUUAUCUGAAUUAACCACAAGACUUGUUCGUUUUUUAUAAAUAUGCUUACAAUAAACUUGAAUUUGCCUUUGAUUUCAA